GCUACUCACUCUUGUCAAGAUAUGGCUGCACGUGUUGGCUGACAUGUUAUUUUUUGACGUUUUAACUUUGUCUUUAGUAAGAGUAAGAGCUAAGAUAUGAGUGAAGACAAGACGUGUGUGGUUGGAAAACCAAGUCAGGUUUAUUGUGAUGUCUGCAAUGUCUACAUAUCUUCAGCAUCAUUGCUUGCAACUCACAUCAAAGGCAAAAAGCACCAAAGUCUUCAGAAGGUACAAGAAGAACAAAGCAAAGCUGCAGCACUGAGUGUGUAUGUAACUGGCUUAAAGUGCUCUGAAACAAAUGAAGAUGAAAUGAGCACAUUUUUCAGCUCUUUUGGAAAAGUCAAAAAAAUCUACUUUGACAARAAUAAGGGAGUUUAUGCUAUUGUAGAAUUUGAAGAUGAAAAGAGUGUUUCAGACAUCUUAGAAAAAGAGGAGCCAAUUAUCUUUAAGGGAAAACACCUGARGAUAAAGAAAAGGACCUUUGCUAAACAAAAAACACUAGAAAAACAAGAGCCCAAUAAAAGUCCUGARCCCAACCCAAAGAAGAGAAAGAAACGUUAUUCAAGUGAAACCAAAACUGCAGCUUUUUUACCAAAAGAAUUAAUCRAUAAAUUGAAGCAGCUUAACACAAUAAGCCAGCAGAUAGAUCGGUUAAUGAGUGAAUUACGUCUGUCAGAUGAAGACAURCAGCUUAGGUCACUAGUCUGCAAGGUCUUGGAAGAAGUCUUCAAGGAAUUCUCUCCUUCAGUACAAGUAGUUCCUUAUGGUUCAUCRGCUAAUGGCUUGGGCUGCAAGGGAACAGAUCUGGAUAUAACAAUCCUAACAGAUAAAGACAUAAUAGAAGGUSAAUUAGACACUAAAGASUCUGGUGCUGUAGUUGGACCAGAARCCAAGGKCUCCAAUKUGUUUAUGUUUGUAGUGAAGGUGCUAARAAGUCUUGUACCUGGAUGCUCUCAUGUCAUACCAAUCUACUCUGCUAAGUGUCCUGUUAUAAAGUUCACCCAUCAAUCAAGUGGAUUGUCAUGUGAUUUAACCAUCAAUAACAGACUUGGCAUCCAAAAUACUAAGCUUCUCAGGUGUUACAUGGCACUAGAUCCCAGGGUAGCUCAACUAGUGUAUAUCAUAAGGGCCUGGGCCAAAACUCUARGUAUAUCAGGAGGUGAUAGUGGGCAGUUGACAAGCUAUGCUCUGACGCUAAUGGUUAUUUACUUUCUUCAAACCACCAACCCUCCUGUGAUUCCUUCCUUACAAAAUAUCUCUGGAUGGCCAAUGAAUGCUGAGAAGAUAAGUGGAGAUGAAAAAGAUAAAGGGAAAGAUGUGCAGGACUGUUGCAUUGAUGGAUGGGACUGUAGCUUCUUUGAAGACAUAACCUUGCUAUCUCCAAGCUUAAAUAACAAGUCGGUUGAAAAACUUCUUGAAGAAUUUUUUGACUUCUAUGGUAAUAAAUUCGAUUACGGCAAUUGUGCAGUCAACAUCCGGAAAGCUGAGAGAUGUACCAACUUAUCACUAGAAGAUGAACUGCGGGAAAUAGAAAUGAAAAGAAAAAGUCUUGAUCAGGCAAAUAAAAAUGUAUCACUGAGUGAAGCUAGCAUUGGAUCUGGUAUGACACUAGAAACAGCGGCGAAUAAAAGAGACCUUGAUCAACACUCUAGCCUAGCUGAACCAAAUGAAGAAGACAAGCCCAAAGAGACAGGAACAAUGUGGAAAAUCACACCAAUCUGUGUACAGGAUCCAUUUGAACUGACUCAUAAUGUAACUCAGAAUAUCGGGGUACCAUCCCUGAAGAAUAUCAUCCACUGUAUGAUGUAUGGCUUUAGAGUAUGUUCAACAUUUCCAUUAGAUGGUCAUCUCACAGAAUCUGAUCCAGGAAUCGCAACCUUCUUCUCCAGCCCGACGACUAAGACUCCCAUCAAAAGGAAAAAGAGAGAAGGCUACUCGUUCUCUGUAUACUUGUGUGAGAAAAAAGCAAUGGAUGAGGAAGCCAUACCAGCUGGUGGAAUGGUUUGCUCAAGACAUUCAAACCCAGAGGAACUAUUCAAUGCGUUUUGUAAAUACUUGGAACAUGAUCUCCAAAUCAGAUGUGAUUUGGAAGGUGAUAGCGGUGAUCAAGACUCGAGAGAUCAUUUCAGUGCAAGCUGUACUGCUUUAACCAAUACAUGGACGCACUGCAGAAGAGAGCGAAGAAAGUGUAAAAACAAAGAUGACUUGUCCUUAGCAAGCGAGGAGGAAACCUUUCACCUCACUGUACCUGAGAGGUCCUUGUUACAAGAUUCUGAACCAAAGCCACUCGACCCACCCCAAUUCGAAGCACCUCCAUCUCAUAAAGAACAGGAUAACAACAACCCUGUCCUUGUYUUUAAAUUGAUUCUCUCAGAAAAGAAAGAUUCUUCAGGAGGAAAAAGCAGAGAGUGUGUUGUCAAACUGGAACAUAUUGAUGGCACUGGGCUACAGACUUUUGAAAACUUUUACGCUUUUUUCAAAAAGCAAAUACAAGCUCUUUUCACGUAGGAUGUUUGGAUAUAUAGAUUUAUGAAUAUAUUAUGGAUUAUCCGCUUCAGUUGCAAUAAGAUGAGCAACAAAAUCUUGCAGCUUGUCGCGCAACAUUACUGCAUUGUUUCAACUGUCGAAUGCAACUGUUGCUUGUUUCGCGCACAAUUCUUUGUUGCACGUAAUAARAUCUCACGCCUCUCUUUGCAGCAAAGAAAAUCGGUUGGGCGUUGCCUUGCAAGUUGCGCAAUUACAUAAUCUAGUCAACACAAUGAAAAUAUUGCGURCGAAGCUGUACAAUUUUUUUGCCCGAAUACAUUUGCUAACUGCUGGAAGAGCAAAGUAUCACCAUAUGUGAAGCGGACGAGGUACAGACGUACCGUACUGUGCCGUUGUAACGGUACUAAUCUGAUUGACUGACGAGUCAUUUUGAGUGUUGUCAGUCUGGUUCAACGUGUAGUCGUCAAUUUUGCGCCAUUAAUGUUCAAACACRUUCUGCAUGUGUCAAUGAUGGGUUGGUGUUGAGACUAAGUACAAGUUUUUUAGCGUAAUACACGUGCGACCGCAGAGGACUGGAAACGAAAGCUGAAAAAGGACCGAACGCAUUGUGCAUAUAAGUUGUGCGUUAUAAGAAAGUGUUGAUAUGACAGUACACUAAAAUGCCACAUUUCAUAAGCUUAUAACAUCACGCCAUUAAUAUUAACGUUGAAGGCAGUUUUCACGGRAUAUUUUGUGUGCAACAUUGCAAGGUAAUUCACGAAACUACUUUGCUCCGUUACGUGCAAGAUAACAAACACCAGGCAACAUAUCUGAAUCUCUCCAAAAGAUUUGAUUAGUCAUUCGUGAAGACUUGGAUGCACAAGUGCUGCAACAAAAUUGUAGAACACUUACGUUUAUGGUUUUUUACAAUUUUUUGUAACUCGGCCUGCGACUAGCCUCCUGCGUUGUAAGGAACUUCCGUAGUGUAGCAUAGCUACAGUGUGAGGUUAUAUGCACACAGUUWUUUAUUUUAACAAACGAUUGUGUGCGUAUUAAAAGUGGCUUCUYAUUUAUCUGUUCCCCCUAACUGCCAUAGUUAAUGGAGCGGAAUGGUUGGAAAACCUAUUGUUCUAUGUUUUUGUUCGUCUUUAUCCAUUGUCAUAUGACGUUGACCGUGCACAGUGAAGGAAAAGCUGCUCCAUUUGUUCACAGUAUUAGGGAAUAUAAAAGUUUUUUCCCCUUAAAAAUCGUUCUAAAAUAUGUAUUAUUUGUUAAUUAAUCCUAUAUGAUUAAUAUAGAUYGUUUAUUGAAAAUGAAAUUGCUCUUUUUCAUGCUUUCUUAUUUAUCAUCUAGUAACUUAACUGUAUAUGCGCGGAAAUAUUUAUCCGCAUAGUUUGUGGUCAUGCAAUGAAAGUUUUCACUUUCAAAGUGUUCAUACAUGAAAAUAAUAAGGAAAUGAGUAUUUUCAGCCAUACUUGCUUUGGUUCAUUGUGCACCCUCAGUAACACGUGAUGGUACGAUUCAACAUCAAAGGCAAAACAAUAGCUUUGUUCUAUGGAGUUUCCAAACCAUUCCGCUCCAUUAACUAAGCCCUAAGUAURUAUAUAUAUAUAUAUAUACGAUGCUCUUAUAAAAGGUGUAUUAUUUCCUGUGUUCCUUCAAAACCAAAAGCCUGAAGCAUGAAUCCUUUAAAAAACCCACACUCUUUCACUUCUUAAAGUGAAAUUGAAAAAGAUUUUUAGAUCAUAAUUAUGACUUAGACUGAAAGUCUUAAAAGAUUCGGUUUCUGUUCUGUACUAAAAGUAAACAUUUCUGGUGACCUAGUUGAUGGAUCUUAUCCUAUAGUACAGCAAAAGAGUUACAUUCAGUGGAUAGAUCAGUAUCAGUUUUGUUCACUCUUUAAGCAAUGGUUAUGUUUAGUGAGCAUCAUUGUUUCAAGGUUGAAGUCAAUAAAAGUUUUGUUCAAAGGUCUUAUCAAUAAACCUGUAAAACAACCCAGA